UUGGCGGGCGCUCUGACUGAGGCGAUUUGUUUGGGGCGCUUGUGUCUUGCUUCCGAGUUCAGCUUCAGGCUUGAUGGCAAGUCUGGGUCUGUUCGGGGGCACGCAUAUUGCGCAUCCGUUUCUUUAUCCUCAAGUUCAGUUGCUGUCAGAUCAGAGCUUCCAACAGAGUGCAGAUGCUUUGCUCCUGGCCGGGCGCGCCAGGAGAUAAUGGAUUAUCAAGAUUAGAUGUCUGCAUGAAAGGAGGAGAACGCAGCCCCCGCGGAGCCGGAUCAUGAAGGCGUUCUCUUCGGUCAGCGCUGAAAACGCCCCCCUCUUGGGCGCUCUGCUAGAGCAAGUCAGCUGACCAGCUAGCAAGCUUAGAGUCUGACAGGACCUCAGCGCCCCUACUCUUCCAACUCUUAUGGCCACUGCCAAGAUCACGCCCUUGAUUCAGGGCAACUCAGACUGCUACCUGAGGGCGAUGGAAAGAGAUAAGCUAGUAGCGCAGGAGAGAGACUUUCGGCUCUGUCCUUGGCUCCACUAUUUUAGCGACCCUGCUUUGCAGUUGGUCUUCACUUUCAAAGCUCACAGUUCUCCAGCACCACCAAAGUGAAGGGACGCCCCUUCAGCUCAUUCUCUCAGCUCACUUCUCCUCCUCAGCUCGCCGGCAUUGCCAAAGGCGACAAGUGUUGACAACCUUUCAGCCGCAACAGCUUUCAGGGCAGCUCAAGUGCUCUUCUCAGCUCUUCUUUCUGCACGCGUAUACAAACCACGGGUCCCGCCAAGCGACAAGGAGGGAUGGGGGGUCUUCGCACCGUCCGUUCCCAGACCGCCGUCGACAUGGACGGCUUUCCUGCCUUCUCGGGGGAGAUCAAAGGGGGGGGUUCCGUGCUCGUUUUUGCGAUUACGACCGCCUCAAAAGCUGCCAAGCGGUUAGACCGGCUGCACUUUCACGGCCUGCCAAAGCUCCGGAAGAACAUCAGCCUUGGGAAGUUGUUAGCACAGCUGGCGGGAAGUGCGCUGAGCAACACGGUGUGGAGCAUUCGGACGGUGCGCACGAUCCUGGCGUUCGCGCUGCUGGUCAUCCUCAUGCGGCAGACAUUUGCACCGAACGCAGGCGGCAGAGGAGUCUCCCAGAGGAACCUCGAUUGGAUGGCCGACUUUGGUCCCCGCAUCGACGCAGGCUACUUCUGCAGCAGACACGAGGCCAACCAGUCCCUCGUCAUUAGCAGCCCCCAGCACUUGAAACGGUCCCUUGCCCCGUCUGCCGGUCUCUUCCUUUCCCCGCCUCCCCCUAACAAAGCUCACCUUGAGUCCCCCCCGCCGACGCUUUCCUGGUUUGGACUGAGGCCGAGCACGUGGACUGGGGAGAGCUCUCCUAUUGAGAUGCUGCCAGUGGACUGUGAGGGGAGUGCGCCAGACAAGUUUUACUGCUGCUCGGAGGUGCGCAAGCUGAUGGGAGCUCUGAGGGGCGCUGGAGUGACGUCAGCUGGGGGCCUGACACAGUGCAUGUCCCAAGUGAAAUCGAUGCUGGCAGGCCACGUGACGAUCGACACGCUGGGGUAUUGCGGAGUUGACGUCAACGAGUACGUCAGCCCGAGCCGGGUGGAGCAUGUGCUGACAAUGCUGCGGCCAGAGGCCUAUGGACACGAACCCAUUGCACUGAAGGAUGAUCAGUUCACGUUGCCCGACCGGGUGGUCCAAAAGGCGCAAAGCUCAGGGCUGAGGAGCAGGCGGUUGACUCUGGGUGCGUCUCGGUGACCCUAGUGCUGCGGCAACUCGUUGAUCCUUAUAAAAGGUUUCGUCCGUGUUGAAAGCGCCUUCACUACGAGGUUGCACGAGGUUAUUUGUACCAUAACAUUGAAUUGAGAGUAAAGCUAGCAGUGAAAUCAGCUCGGAGUCUAACCACAAUCGUCGUGGUAAUGACGAGUUAACAAGAGCGGGUUAAGUGUUGUGGUGGGCUUCCAGUGGCAACUACAAACUGGAGGCUUGCUUUAGGUUAACCACUGGAAGCAAGCAAGCAAGUUACAUGUUCGAGCAACGCAAACACAGGUCCACAUUCGUGAAGAGCUCAAAUGCCUUCGCAUAAAACUAGGACUGACAUAUGGCACGAAGUGAAGAGAAGCUCAUUGGUGCGGUA